AUGUCGCCACCAAUCAAUCUCAAAGAAUCUAUAGAUGCUGUCGUCGAGAAAGUAUUCGACGCUGUUGUCAAGGAAGCGUUCGACGCUGUUGUCAAGGAAGCAUUCGAUGCUGUUGUCAAGGAAGCCUUCGACGCUGUUGCCAAGGAAGCGUUCGACGCUGUUAUCGAAGAAGCAUUAGAUGCUGUCGUCGAGGAAGCAUUCGGUGCUGUUGUCAAGAAAGCAUUAGAUGUCGUCUUCGAGGGAGCAUUCGAUGCUGUCGUCCAGGAAGCAUUCAGUGCUGUUUUCGAGGAAGAAGUAUAUGCUGUCGUCGAGGAAGCAUUCGAUACUAUCGUCGAGGAAGCAUUCGGUGCUUAUAUCCUAUGGUCUCUUGUGGAAAUAUAUUUCAUUGAAGCUUAA